GACCAAAUAAUGAUGGAUGCCAUUCUAUCUCGUAUUGGGCACAACAUCACCCAUCUAUCAUUUGAGUUGUUUUCUGUCGAUCUGGAUAAACAUUUCUUCCUACUCAUCGCGAAACAUUGCACCAAUGUGGAGAACUUCAGCAGCAGCGGAUGGCAGAAAUCAGCAGAGCUGAAGCACUUACUUUCUUGCAAUACAAAAUUAAGAUCCAUUUACUUGGAUGGAGCAGAGGUGAGUUUAAGCGCAUUGCAAGGCCGGAACUGGAAAUGUUUGCACUUACUAGGUGGCAUGCCGAUUUGGGAAAAGGCUUCGAAGGAACGAGUAGUGGAACUCAUAAAUGGCAGUUCCGAUUUGGAAGAUUUGAGACUUGACACAUGGUCGGAAGAAAUUCGUGAUGCCGUCGUAAAGAAGUCGAAAUUGAAGUCCCUGGGUUAUUGCGAAGAAUUGUUUCGCUAUGGUCGACGUCCGGAGUUAAUUAAUUUCCAGGGAAUGCGAUUAUUGACGAGUUUGGCCCUAUGUGAUCUCGGGAUAAAGGUGGAUUGUGCAGAACGUUUCCUCAGGAUGCUCAUCCAAAUAUCCCUGUAUUGUCCAAACUUCCAGGAAUUAUCAAUACGAGAGACGGCGGUAUCAAAUUCGGCGUAUGAAGCGAUGUUGGCUUUACCAAAACUUCAUACCCUGGCCUUAGAAAAUAUCAAGUCCUUUGAUGAUACCAUGCUCGUGCGGCUAUCAAAGCUUCGCCGGUUAGCAGUGAAGAACGUUGGUUAUAGCGUUGAACGAUUGCUGUCGUUUUUGGCCGAAGCCACCGAUUUGGAGUAUUUGGACAUUAGCUGGAGUAGCCUAUAUAUUGCAGAACUGUAGCAGAUCAUUAAUGUUACAUUCCAUCGAAAGAACAAACUGAAGAUCAUCGUUCACCAACGUGAUAUGAAUAAAAUUGUAUCCAUGUCUCCAGGAAAACAUGUGACGUUCGCCCAGUGGCAUUAUAAGCAACAUACGCAUUUCCUGCUCCGUCCAUGAAUAAUUAAUAUGAAUAUAAAUAUGUAAAAUCUAUGGAAUGGCGAAUAACAACGAAUUUUGUUGAUAA